CGCUUCGCCCUUCGCUCCGGUUCCUGGAAAGCUGGCGCGGGAUCAAGAGGCAACACCUGACCAUGAAGCGGCUGCUGCUCCGGGGAUGCCCUGCCGCUACCAGGCGGCUCCUGAACCAGCCGCUUCCCCGCACCAGCCUCCCGCAGCGAUGCUACUGCGCCGCCUCUGCCCAGCGGCGGGGGCUGCUCUUCCGACAGCUCUUUGAGUCAGAAAGUUAUACUUACACUUACCUGCUGGCGGAUGUGAAGACAAAGGAAGCCGUUCUAAUAGACCCCGUUUUGGAAACUGCCAAACGCGAUUCAACAUUGGUGAAGCAACUUGGACUCAAUUUGCUUUACGCAGUCAACACCCAUUGCCACGCUGAUCAUAUCUCCGGUACGGGACUCCUGAAGCAACUCCUUCCGGGUUGUCGUAGUGUCAUCUGCAAGGACAGUGGGGCUGUCGCUGAUCUCCUGAUCCAGGAAGGCUAUCGCCUCCAAUUUGGAGCUUUCGCAUUACAAGCUCGUGCCACCCCUGGCCACACGGAUGGCUGCCUGACCUAUGUGCUGAAUGACAACACUAUGGCUUUUACAGGAGAUGCCUUGUUGAUCAGAGGAUGUGGCAGGACUGACUUCCAACAAGGUUCUGCAGAAACCCUGUACAACUCAGUCCACAAGAAAAUAUUCACCCUUCCAGGGGAUUGCCUGAUCUAUCCUGCCCAUGAUUAUACAGGCCAGACGGUGUCUACAGUGGAGGAAGAACGGACUCUUAAUCCCCGUCUGAUCUUGUCUAAGGAGGGUUUCGUUGAGCUUAUGAACAACCUGAACCUACCCAAACCCAAAAAGAUUGAUUUUGCAGUUCCUGCAAACCUCAAAUGCGGAAUCCAGGAUGUUCCUGUUUAAGGCAGUGUCUCCUUUCUCAAGAUCAACAAUAUUCUGGGCCUCUAGAAAGCCCCCAGUGUCACUUCUACACUCUUGUGCAAAACACAAGCGAAGACAACAACAGUCAAAUGCAACUUGUUCGCUUCGAAUUCUUGAACUGAUUCCAAAACGAAGAUAGACCCACCUUAUAACUCCAGUUUCCUUGCUUUAAUCUAGUGAUAUCUUUAUUA